GACAGAUAUUCAGCAAGCAUUGUGCUUGACAGAGCCAUCACGCGCCUGAGGAUGGGAACCACCCUAUUACCCGGUGGCGCAGGAAAGUAUGUCCUCGGUAUAGACCCCGCAUGUUCUAGGUGCCAGGAACCCCUCACUGCUCCCCACAUGCUGCUGCACUGUCCCAACCAUAAGGCGCAGAGCGACCACCUUGAAGCUGCAUUGCACUACCAUGGACUAGUUUUAAACCUUUCCAACGUGCUAGACCCCAAGGGAGCAGCUAGGGGCCAGGUCUUCUCUGCCCUCGCCAAAUACCUUCUGGAUUGUCAGAUAACUGACAAAAUCUAGGUUAUUGGGGGAGGGAGAGCAGCCAACACCCACCCAAUUAUUCAGUCUUGUGACUGUUUUUCCUUUAAACUGUGUAAUCUUUGCACAAAACUGACGUAAUCUAGUAAUUGUGUUGGAUUUGUGUCUCCUUUACACAACUUUUAUUUUAGCUUUUAAUGGGUUUAUUGUUCUACCCCGCCCUUUCUAAAUCAGGCCAAUGGUAUUGACCUGGUUUUCUUUAUUUAAAUACAUUUUUUAUGAGAGUAUGACGUUAGUCCACCAUUUACAUUUUUCAGUAUCUUAAUAUAAUCAUAUUUUAUGGCAUUUCUUAUUACAAGAAAGGACGAGGCUGUCCAGUAACCUGGGAUUGUUGGCUGCAUUGCAUCCCCUCUCUUCCCCUUUGACGCCCCACCCUUUCCCUUCAAACUCGAAGAGCCAUGUCGGACUGGAGUGCACGGUGCAGGGCCUUAUACCAUGAAAAACCCUUAUUUAGCCCUAUCCAGGGUAAUACCAAUCCCUUGGUAGUAUUGUCGAUUUUGAUGAUAUUGCUAAUUUUUUAUCAUAGCAAAUUUUGUACAUUGUAGUACAUUAAAUCUUGUUAUAACUGCUAAUUUGUGUAGCAAAUUUCCUUAUUUUUGUGUAAAACUGCUAUCUUAUAUAGCAAAUUGCCUUAAUUUUUUCUCAAUACUGCAAUUUCUACACCAUAGCAAACUUUUUACUCUGUAUUACACUCAUGUUAAAAUUGCUAUUUUAUAUAGCAAAUUUCCUUAAUUUUAUGUUAAAUUGCUAUUUUAUAUAGCAAAUUGCCUCAGUUUUUCUGUUUAAUUGCCAUUUUACAUACCAUACAAGGUACUUUAGUACUAUUUCCUCCAUUGUUAUCACCAAUAUACACAUAAUAUUGGUUGGAUUAGAGCUUUUUGGGUUUGUUUUACUGCCUCUAGGUAAUAUUUGGUCUUUUUACCAUUUUACAUCAUAACUUUUUCCAAUUUUCCUUCAAUUGCAUACAAACUAUUUUUCAUUUACCGUGCACUCCCUCUGGUCCUGGGGAAACAACCGUUGUAGACUCCAUCCCUACAAGUGAUAACUACACCUCCUGUCAACAGGGCUACCUCUCAAAUGAAAACUACAUCCUCUAUCAACACGGCUACCUCUCAAGUGAAACCUACACCUCCUAUCAACACGGCUACCUCUCAAGUAAAAACUACACCUCCUGUCAACACGGCUACCUCUCAAGUGAAAACUACACCCCCUGUCAACACGGCUACCUCUCAAGUGAAAACUACACCUCCUGUCAACACGGCUACCUCUCAAGUGAAAACUACACCUCCUGUCAACAUGGCUGAAAAAAAAGAAGAGGCAAUUCAAUUCUUGACGAUGCCAUCUGACCCUAUACCACUUGCCAAAGGAGUAAGAUUGACAGUGUGUGGUGAAUGGGUUGAAGAGACAAAUCUCCAAACUAAGGGUGACACCGUCGGUUGAGU